AUGCCGGCUCAGUCCUGUGAUCAGCUGUGUCCAAUCACAGCUGAUCACUGAUCAUCAGGGCACUGAUGAUCAGUGUGGCCCCAGAAGUGCCACCUGUCAGUGCUCAUCAGUGCCACGUGCCAGUGCCCAUCAGUGCCAUGUGCCAGUGCCCAUCAGUGCCACAUCAAUGCCACAUAUCAGUGCAUACCAGUGCACAUCAAUGCCACAUAUCAGUGCCCAUCUGAGCUGCCUUUCAAUGUCACCCAUCAGUGCCAUUCAGUGCCACCUAUCAAUGCCAUUCAGUGCCACCUAUCAGUGCUGCCAAUCAGUG